AUGGAUAUGUCAUCACUUCACAAUCAUUUGCCUGAUAAACGGAAAGAAACAAAAAGUGAACAAGAUGAUUUAUUGUCUACAUUUAAAGCAGCUGCACUUUCAGUUACAAAUUUAUAUCGGCAGGCAUUGACGGCAGCUGAACAGGAGCGGCAAGAGGGGUUUCAGGAUGCAGUGGAAGAAAUGCUGAUGCUUUUGAAUGAUGGAAUUACAGAUAUUGAGAGUCUCCGUGAGUGGUGUAUUGCUCGUCGACGCAAUGAAGAGCAUACUUAUUCAUCUUCGGAUUUUUCCGAGGAGCCUUUCCGUGAUACGUCGCGUGAUGGUUCCUUCAAUUUAAAUCCAACUAAAGUGGCUUUUUCGUCAAGCCCUCCGUCUCAGCCUUUCCAGCGUGUUCUUUCUGAGUCUUCUGAUACUUCACAUCUCCCAAAUCACCUUGUGCAACCUUCUGACGACAAUUUUUCUCUUCAGUUUAUCGGUUCUCCUCGUUCUUCUACAACUAAGCACCGGAUCAUUUUUAACGAACCAAAAAUUCCUUUUUCUAAAAAAUGCCGUCAUUUUUAA